GCACAAGUUCCUCUUUUAUUUUCAGCAAUACUAUCUCCCAAAGCUGCUGCUAUGUGGUGAAUGAGCCAAUCUCCGGUUGCUAGAGCUCCACAGCGUCGCUUGUAUUCGCAUUCAAUCAACAAACCAUGACCAUCACUUCAGAGCAGACGAUCAUCCCUGGUCGCUUUCUAAUAAAUACCAAUGAGAAACGAGCCGCGAAACCUCCUCCAAAGGUCUUCAAUGUCCAGGAUCGCACGUUUAAAGGCUACCAACCGCCACAACCAGACGGCUAUGAGCGGAGCAAGUCGAAUCCUGCCGCAAGCGCGAUAGUCAUCGACAAUGGCUCGCAUCUCGUCAGGGCCGGUUGGUCCUUUGAUAAAAGCCCGCGAUUUAUCUUCCCCCCCGUUAUGAGCCGAUAUCGUGACCGGAAGCUCAACAAGGCAUGCCAGUUUGUAGGCUACGACUCCUACAUAGAUGCUACCACUCGCGGUCAGCUCCGAUAUGCUUUUGACCCUGGUACAAGUGUGGUCGGCAACUGGGAUGUCAUGGAGGGCGUGCUCGAUUACCUGUUCCUUAAGCUGGGCGUCGACGGUGCAAAUGGGGGUGUCGGCCGGCCUAUUGUUAUGACUGAGCCAAUCGCAAACCCGAACUAUCCAAGAAGAAUGAUGAACGAGAUCCUGUUUGAGUGCUACUCUGCACCGUCUGUGGCUUAUGGAAUCGACUCUCUAUUUUCCUACCGAUAUAAUCGUGGAACCGAUGGACUGAUAAUUUCCUCGUCGCAUACGUCUACGCAUGUCAUCCCUGUGCUCAAUUCGAAAGCAUUGCUCUCAAAUUGCUCCCGUCUGAACUGGGGUGGUAUGCAAACAGCCGAAUAUCUACUGAAGCUUAUGAGGCUGAAGUACCCAACGUUUCCCGCCAGGAUGAACGAGAGUCAGAUGGAAGGUCUCUUACAUCAACACUGCUAUGUCUCGACAGACUACGAUCGGGAGCUGAGUGGAUACUUGGACUGGACGGGAUUAGAAGAACGAGACGUCGUCAUCCAGUACCCUUACACCGAGCAUGUGGUCCCGGAGAAAACCGAAGAAGAACUGGCGCGCAUCGCGGAGAGGAAGAAGGAGAGUGGGCGUCGGCUGCAAGAACAGGCGGCGAAGAUGAGGCUUGACAGACUGAUGAAGAAAGAACAAGAGCUAGAGUAUUAUAAAGACUUACAGCAGGGACUCGCAUCUGAGUCGAAGAAAGAGGUGAGGCGAAUUUUGGAAGCCGAGGACUUGAAGGACGAAGCACACCUGGAAAGAAAAAUCCGAGAUCUGGAGCGUUCGAUUAAGAGAUCGAGGAACAGGGACGUCGGAGUUGAGGAGCCUGAAGAACCUGAAGAAGAGAUGACAUUCCCACUGCUGGAUGUUCCCGAUGAGGAACUUGAUGAGGCGGGACUGAAAGAGAAACGCCACCAGCGUCUCAUGAAAUCAAACGUUGAAGCCCGACAACGUGCCAAGGCUGAAAAGGAGCGCGAGAGGCUUCGUCGUGAAGAAGAGGAACGUCUUGAUCGGGAAAAGCGAGAGAAUGAUCUCGAAAGUUGGAUCGCAGAGCGGAGGGUCGCUCGUCAGUCCUUGAUACAAAAAAUCAAAGAACGAGAGAGGAUGAAGGCCGAUCUUGGAAACCGCAAGUCCCUCGCUAGCCAGAUGCGGAUGAAAACGCUGGCCAACCUCGCAGCAGACGGUCCUAAAAAGCGACGGAGAGGUGGAGACGACGAUACAUUCGGCAUGAACGAUGAAGACUGGGGAGUUUACCGCACGGUAGCAACCGGGGACCAAAGUGACGAGGAAGAGGAGGAGGACUAUUCGGCCAUGCUUAAUUCGGUAGAAGAACAACUCCUCAAAUACGAUCCCGAGUUCACAGAGAAUCAUACACUUGCUGCACAGUCAGACUGGACGAAGAGUCUGGUCCAUGCGUUCUUGCGUGGUUCCUGGCCAUUUGAUCCUGAGAGUCAACGUGAAGCGCACCAACUACAUCUCAACGUUGAGAGAAUCCGGGUUCCUGAAGUGGUAUUCCAGCCGUCCAUCGCAGGCAUUGACCAAGCCGGACUCGUCGAGAUCGCAGCAGACAUUGUAAAUCAGCGAUUUUCGAACCCCAACGAUCGCACACGCCUACUGCGAGAUGUCUUCUUCACGGGCGGCAACACGCUAUUCCAAAAUUUCGACGAACGCUUCCGCAACGAUUUCCAGAGCCUUCUCCCCAUGGAUGCGACGUUGUCUGUCCGCCGUGCAUCGGAUCCCAUCUUGGAUGCUUGGAAGGGCGCUGCUCAGUGGUCCUCCGGGUCGGACCUGGCCAAGUCCUCCGUGUCACGAGAAGAGUACCUGGAGAAGGGCAGCGAGUAUAUCAAGGAACAUGAUUUGGGCAAUGCCACCUCGUGGUAAACCUCGGUUGUCAGCGUUGGUACCAAUGAUUCGAUCUGAUGUCUACCAGACUAGCUACAUGGCCAAAAGCAGGAACAAAGGCGUACAGGAGUGGGAGUAGUGAUAUCCUAUUGUGGGAGGGACAUGUGGGGAAUGUUGCAUCCGUGUUUUACAGAGAAAAGGUUCUAAGAUAGACAUUUAACAAUAUGUACCAUUCUCAGCUGAUCCUUGAAGGCGUCUGUCAAGUUCUCGAUGCGGUGCUAGGGCCAUAAAAUCUUCUAUCCCAACGAAAACAAACAUGCACUGUUGAUGUAGAAUGUCCGUUUUGACAAUCCGCUUGGGCAGUUGAUAAAUUUCACCAGAAUGAAUAAUGCCCAAUUCUAGCCAGUGUAGAAACCCCCUUCCAUCCCUGUGGAGGUCCAUUAUUGUUAUUAAAUAAUAUCCAUUGUGAUCCAGGUAUUGCAUGGUUAAAAAUCGGCUUUGUUUGUCGGGGACCUUUUUAUUUGUUAAUUUUUCUUUUCACGCCAUAGGAGAUUGUUUCCAUGGCUCGCGUCGCGCUCCAUGGGAGUCAGUCCCUCACGGAGUGAAAUCUACAUACUUAGGCACUAGUACGCAGUCCUAUCUGGUCAAGUGAUUCCCAAUUCGAGCCCCUGAGAAUAGAUGAAGAUAGAUAGGUUAUCAAUCGCAUUGUAAAUCAAUAUCUGGGCACUCUAUGUGAGGGAGAAAGCACAGUGCCAAGUGCUGGGGAAGGCAUUGGGAUCAACAAUCAACACAACAGCCUCGAUGGCCUGAGGAUUAUUUAAUAUGUCAGGAAAGGUGAAGUAAUGCUCCAGAAUU